AUGUCCAAUUGUCCGCCCUCCAUUCUUCGCACGACCAUCCGCACCGGACUGUCCUCCUGUGUUCCACAUCACAGGAUAUGUCCGGGGCAUUGGUAUCAACAGAGAGCGAAAGCUCUGACUGCAAGAUACAUGGUUAAUGAUGCGUCGGACUCGGAUGUUACUGGCUCGAAUGACACACAUUUUGUCAACCAUGAAGUGCGGCCAUCUCGCCCUUCCCAGAACGAUACCAUUAAGAACUUAUCUCAGAACGCCGAUAACUCUGGCCCGGAGCUCCCCAUUCCCUGUCCCGAAUCGAAUCAGGGAGAAGACUCGAUUCAGUUUCGUGGCACCGGACGUUCCCGUCGAAGACGCACCGACAAUGACAUAGAACGAUCGAAUGCUGGGACAGGCCAAAAUUCAUUUCAACCUGCUUAUACUCGACGGAGAGUUGGUAGUCCCCGUCCGGAAAGGACUGCACGCACACUUAGCAGAGAUCAAGUACGUGCCAUAGCACGUCGCAAGGGCCUUAAUGUUGGGGUUGUUAACAGCGUCGUCUCUCGGUUCAACAAGCGAUUACAGCAUCAGAGAAGAGUUCUGAAGCCACAAUCGGUGCAGCAGGAUGUCAUUAUAAGGUUAACGUCUUUAUACUCGCGGAUGUUGGGUCACCGACAAUGGCGUGCUGCUUACUCCGAGAUUCACAAAGCGAAGCGCGGUGGUCAUGAGGUUAAAAACGAAGCUGUGAUACCCAAAUUAAACAAGAAUGGGCUGGCCCUUUUAGAGCUGGUUAAAGAGGACUGCCAAGGGAAAUUUGCUGAAGCCUGGGAAGCACUGCCUAGGACUGGAAAGGCAAUGCAUUGGCAGCGGCUGGCUCUUUGGUUGCUGCGGAAUUCUCCUGAUCUCACAUUGGAAUUCCUACUUGUUACCACAAAGAAUUCUGACAAGCCCAAUUUCAGCAUGGUCGCCGACUGCAUGGCCUACUUGGAUGAGUUUCACUACAAUGUACUCGGCACUUGGCAAAAGGGCUCAUACACAUAUCAGUCUUUAGUAGAGACCUGCCUUGAUCCGAAUCACUGGCCAAUACUGAGUCUUCCGCAGAAAGGCGUCCGGAUUUAUCUCCUACGAGCUAGUUAUGAUGCUGUAUGCUCUGCGUUUAAAAUGGUUUGCGAACGCCGGAUUGAGAUGACUGCUCAGACCGUUCUAUGCUUCAUGCUCCGCUUUACAGAAUUCGGGGAUGUUGAUCGAGCAUUGGACGCUCUCCGUUAUAUCCCGAAACUCCGGCAGGCUGGAUUUAGUCUUUUCUCCCAAGGGGUUAUGCGUCACUGCUGUAAGCUUCUUACCCUUGACUCUGUACAAGAGAGCAAUGGAGCUCGCAAUUUCCGAAUCCUUCCUCAACUACUGGAAAUGGGAGUGCGGCCGAACAGAGACAUGAUGAAUGUCGUCCUGGCCAAUGCUUUUAAGACCGGUGAUCCACAACUAGGUCUUGACAUGCUGGAAUUUAUGAAAAGUCAAGGUCAUGAAUUAGACUCGUACACCUACGUGACACUAUUAGGUGACGCUGUUGCCCGUGAGGACCGCACCCGCUUUGGGGAAUUGAUGCAUGAGGUUGAGCAGAAAUACAACUGGAAAAUCCAUAGAUAUCUCGCGAGCAAAGUCUUCCACGCCCACUACGUCUUCACAGCGAAACAUAUGGAGUCCGACGCCAAUCCUAUCGAGGUUUUCUAUUCCAUGCUUAAAAUUUACAAUGAGUUACAUGAUAUUACGCCUCUCAAGGACCUUCUUAUUAUUCCACCCAACUAUCAGCCUCCACCGGGAAGCGGCACUUCCUCUCCAUCAUUGAUGGCUCUUUAUAUCAUGAUUGCUACCUAUUUCAGGUGUCAGAGGCGCAUUUCAAUCGUCCACCAGGUCUAUACAAGAUUCCGAACACUUGUCAUGGAAGGGCAUGAAGUCAUUGCUCCUCUUGCAGAAACUGAUCACACCUACAACGAAUUUCUUAUUGCCUAUAGGAAUGAUCCCCGGGCACUCCGAUACUGCUUACAGCUAGUGGAAGAUAUGCUCCAACGGCCGCUUCCAGUGGAGUUCGAUGCAGGUCGCAAACGCAAGAUCAUCACCCAUGCAAAGCCAACACCGCGCACCUGGACCAUACUUCUGAGUGCAUUCACCUGGAACAGGCAGACGCUUGCUGCGGAGAAGGUAAAAGAGCUUAUGGCCAAGCAGAAAGUCGAGUUCAACCAAGUCACGUGGAACGUAAUCGUCAAUUCCUUCGCGAACGCGCAGGAUGUGGCUGGAACGGCCAGGUCGAUUAAGCUGAUGGAGGAGAACGGGUUCUCGAUCGAUGCAUAUACGAUGAAGAGUUUCCGUUACCUUCGAGAUCCGGAACGGCUGUGGAUUGCUUUGGACGAGCUGGAUCAGAAAGCCGAUGCAGAAGCCGGCCUACAAUCUACUGUGGCGCCGCAAAACGAAACCUCCAAAGCGCGAGAGCUGCUGCUCGAUCAAGGGCUACGGCGUCUAGAGGCAAAAGCAAGACUUAAACAAUAA